CAGCCCUUCUCUUCUUCCACAUCUCCUCACGUCUCUUCUCAGACCUGCUCCUCUCUCCGUCCCUGUCUCGCAGGCACCGCGUUGUCCUCGGACUACACGAGGUAAGAGACGAGCUGAUGACUGUCCGCCGAGGAGACAAGGUGCCCAUCAGCAUCCAGGAGCACAUGGCCAUCAAUGUGUGCCCUGGACCCAUCCGCCCCAUCCAGCAGAUCUCCGACUACUUCCCCAGAUUCACUCCAUGGCCGGAGGGCACCCCGUCUCCUACCGGGCACCCCGUCAACCUCUCAGCACUGGACAUACCGCAUCAAGCAGCCGAACAGGUGGACGGCGCUGACGACUUGGACAACUACGACUCCGACGACGGCACUUCUCUGGGAACACUGGAAUUUGAAUUAUUUUAUGACCAAGAGAAAUGUAUCCUGCAGUGCGACAUCCUGAGAGCGAAGGGACUCAAGCCGAUGGAUUUCAAUGGCCUCGCCGACCCCUACGUGAAGAUCCACCUCCUGCCGGGAGCCUGCAAGGCAAACAAGCUGAAGACGCGCAUAGUGAGGAACACGCUGAACCCCACGUGGAACGAGAACCUGACCUACUGCGGCAUCACCUCUGAAGACAUGGCCAAGAAGAUACUGAGGAUCUCCGUGUGCGAUGAAGACAAACUGAGUCAUAACGAGUUUAUUGGAGAAACGCGCGUCCCGCUGCGGCGGCUGAAGCCCGGAGAGAGGAAGCACUUCAACCUCUGUCUGGAGCGGCAAAUCCCUUUGUCCUCCCCUUCUUCAAUGUCAGCUGCACUCCGGGGGAUUUCUUGUUACCUGAAAGAGCUGGAGCGCUGCCAGGAGUGGGAACUGGAGGAACGAGGGAGGAUCCUUCUGUCUCUCAUGUACAGCACUGAAAGCGGGGGGCUUGUCGUGGGCAUCUUGCGUUGCGCUCAUCUCGCUGCUAUGGAUGUCAAUGGAUUUUCAGAUCCUUAUGUCAAAACUUACCUGAAGCCGGAUGUGGAGAAGAAGUCCAAGCACAAGACGGCGGUGAAGAAGAAGACGCUGAACCCAGAAUUUAAUGAGGAGUUCUUCUAUAAAAUCACUCUCCACGAGCUGCAGAAGAGGAGCCUGGAGGUGACAGUGUGGGACUACGACCUGGGAAAGUCCAACGAUUUCAUAGGGGGCGUUACACUCGGCAUGAACGCCAAAGGGGAGUGUCUUAAACACUGGAUGCAGUGUCUGUCUUCCACCAAUCAGAGGGCAGAACACUGGCACACGCUGACCAAUGAGCUUCCGGGAUCCACCUACACCGACUAG